AAGCUGUACGGCUUGUUCGUGAGAGUCGCCCUGAACUAGCAAUUGCGAAAAUUCCCUGAUCUUUUAAUGAUCUGGAUAUAUUUUGGUCAGUUGUUUGUAAUCAAAAUGAUUUGAAGAUCGAAUAAUCUGCUCAGCGCCCUGCUUUUGUCCUCUCGUCAACCAGCACUGUCUUGUAAUGUUUACUUCUUUCGUGCUUCGGCGCGUUCUCUUGAGCGCUUGUGUAGCGGACUGAUCUAGUGUCUAAUGUUAGCUAAAUAAUUUUACACAAACAAUACAUAGGUUGGAUAGCUUUAUUCAUACGCGUUAUUCACACGAAGGAUGUCCAUCGUGUACAAUCGAUGUAAAUACUCGAUGUGAAUACUCCCAGGUAGUUACAGUUAUAGUCGAGAACGAAGUGCGAGCAAGAUCCUCGUUCAUGAUGGCGAUGUUUCGCAGUUUUGUGUCGGCUACUCAUCAGCUCAGGCAGCACCAACAAAACGGGGCAGCUGCAGCUGCCACUGGCGAGAGCCUCGAGAGCCAGUUCUCCUGCCCAAUUUGCCUGGAGGUGUAUCAUAAACCUGUCACCAUUGGAAGCUGUGCCCACACGUUCUGUGGGGAGUGUCUGCAGCCCUGUCUCCAGGUCACCUCUCCCCUCUGCCCUCUGUGCCGCAUGCCUUUUGACCCAAAGAAGGUGGACAAGUCCUCCAGUGUGGAGAAACAGCUGUCCAACUACAAGGCCCCCUGUCGGGGCUGCAGUAAGAAGGUGUCUCUGGUCAAAAUGAGGUCACACAUCUCCUCUUGCGCAAAGGUCCAGGAGCAGAUGGCCAACUGCCCAAAGUUUGUGCCUGUGGUCCCCACUUCACAGCCCAUUCCCAGCAAUAUUCCAAACCGCUCCACCUUUUCAUGCCCAUUCUGUGGAGCCCGCAAUCUGGAUCAACAGGAGCUGGUCAAACACUGUAUGGAGAACCACCGCAACGAUCCCAACAAAGUGGUGUGUCCUGUAUGUUCAGCCAUGCCUUGGGACCCCAGCUACAAGAGCUCCAACUUCCUCCAGCACCUGCUCCACCGGCACAAGUUCUCCUACGACACGUUUGUGGAUUACAGUAUCGAUGAAGAGGCGGCACUACAGGCAGCCCUGGCUCUCUCUGUGACAGAGAACUGAGAUUCCUCUGAGUCCCCCAUUCUGCUGUCUGGGGACGGACUUCCAUCCUGACACCCCACUAGCUCUCUUUCUUUCUCUGGAUCCACCCCAUAUCCAGCCCCCUCCACAGCCACCUCACUGGGAGAGUUUGGAAGGACUUGGCCUAGACUCCCACUCUGGGAGAGCUACAGAGGGCUUAUCUCCUAACCCUGUCCCUGAUCCUCUACCUGGCCCUUCAUCCACUCUGCUCACCUGCUUAACUCGUCAAUGCCCAUUACCAUUACAUCAUAUCCUCUCAGCCAGCAGCAGCCUCUUCACUUCCUGUAUACUGGGGAGGAGGGGAGCUUGGCCUCCAAUAAAUGUUGCAAUUCAAAACCACUGCAAUGCAAAACAAUGAGGGCAGCAUGGACAUUUUUGUUAUUCUACAGAAAGAAUGAAGGUUCCAAAAAAGAAUGAUUUAUGGUAUUUUCUUUUACUCUUUAUUUUUCACUGUUCAACUGAAAUGUUUUCAAACUCCAGGAUGAGUCACAUGACACACGUUCUGGUAAAAGUACCACAGAUUAGUUCUGUUAAAGUUUAUUCUCAAGUGCAUCAUUUGAUGGCUUUUUGAUUAAGAGGGACUACAGUUGAAUGGCUGGACCUCAUUCUCAGUGUGAUAAUCUUACAGCUGGGUGACAGUCUAGACAUGACCAGUUAAACACAGAGAGUGAGGUCCUUCUUACAUCCCCAUCACGACAACAACACACUAACAUUUGCAACGCGAAUCAAAACAAACUAUCCCCUUUUGUAUUCAGAGUUCUUGUGAAUACUUGCACUUGUCACAUUUUUCUACGUAAUUGAACUAUAGAUUGUUCUUAUUUCAUAGUUAAGAAACAUAAUUAUAGUACUGCAUUUAUUCUUCACACUGCUGUUACUCUGCUGAUAUUUUUAUGAAGCACCAAACAAGAUCAAAUAUAUUUUUGGAAAAUGUUUCUGUUUUCAAAUGGUUUACUAAUAAUAAGAAACAUGUGUAUUGGAGAUGUGUUCGUUGUUUUCCCACCUUUUUCAAAGUACCCAUUGGUACUGUACUGCUGCCAUCAAACAGUUGUUAGCAGGAUUUUAGGGCCUAUGAGUAAUACACUGUCUCAAACACAAGAGGGCACCCCAGUCUCAAAAUAGGCCGGGCACAAGUCAAUAGUAAUUUAAGUCAGUGUUACUCCGUCAGUUUAUACCCAUGCACAGUAUUCUGUUUGGUUUAGUGCCCACUAGUAUUCUGUUUGGUUUAGUGCCCACUAGGAGAAGUGCAAGAAGUGAAAUAUUAUGAGGUGAGUAUUGUUGGAUAAGUCUAUCCUUGUGGUGGAAUUGGUUGCUGCCCCAUAAGAGUCCAGUUUUAUGCUAAUUAUUGUCUUGAACACCAAUGUUGGUCUGAUAGUAAAAUGUAAAAGUGUACAUUGCUACACUACAGAAUCAGUGCAAUAUUGCUAGGCCAUUUACCUUCCAGGAUCCACACUGCUACUGUCUCAGUGGGGUCUCCCCAAAACCCAUUGGUCAGAGCUGUGAAAAUCUGUUUGAGUAUACCAUACACAUUCCAGUCCUGUUACAAUCAUUCUGUUCCAAUGGUUUGUUAAAGAUAUCCACUUUCUGAUAGCGCAGUAAUUAUUAAAGUUGGAUUUAAACAAAACUGCAGAACAGCUGCAUAUUCAAUCAUAUGAUAAAAAUGUCUUUAAAGGCACUUUGCUUCAAAGGGAUACAAUUAUAAAAGUAUGUUGCCCCCAAGUAGAUGUCCAAAUUAUAAGCCAUGUUUGAGUAGUAGUGUACCCGUUGAGCUAGCAUUGAUCUAUGGAGAUUUAAGAUCAUGUUUUGGUUCACUCUGAUGAAGGAUGCCUUAUAGGAAACUGGUUAGAUUUUAUAGCGCGCAAUGGAGGAAGAUAUUAUGUAUUGUGAUUAUUUGUUACUAGACUGACUAGUAAAAGUAUAAUGGUCUGUCCAUUUGUGUUUUUCCUUGUUUCCGAGGAGAAUUGUACAUACGGUAGAGAAUGCAACAUUUAGGUUUAGGUCCCUGUGGUAACUACGAAUGAGAAUGUAUUCGUUUUUUUAAUAAGUUAUAUAUUUUCCACGGGAAUGCAUUGAAAUAUUGCACUAUAAUAAAAAAAUAUAUUUAGAAAAAGGGCAGAUUUUUUUUUKUUGUAAUUAUUAUUCUUUUUUUCAUUCCAAUAUGUACAUUUCAUGAUGGAUGAUAAUGUAAGUUGUGGCUGUUUUUGUGUAAGAGCAGAGGGAAUGUUAAUUAUUAUCUCAGUCAUAACAUGGUGAUGUUUUGGUGUACUGGGACGGUACAGACAAUUUGUCUGUGUCGUUAAUAUUUUAUAGAUGGGUAUAUAUUGCAAAACAGACUGAGAAAACCAUCCCAGAUGUACAAAAGUGUUACAAACAAAAAUUUACUCUCAGCUUAGUCAAAGUGUUCUUGGAGAUAAUGCAUCCUUAUUUGAUAGACAUCGACAUGUUAUAUUUUCGGUGUUUAAAUGUAUUUUACUGGUUGGCACAUUAUUGACAGGGGUGGCCAUUAGAGAAAAACUGUCAUCACCAUGAGAAAUCCUGAGUUUCUUCUGGGGCAGCAAGGAAUUGUUACGUAUCUUUAAUUUAAUCAUUUACUCAGCCUUUUUARUACCUAAUAAUGAUGCUAUUUUAUAAAUGUUUGUAAGGUUAAAGGUAUUGUAUGUUUAGAUCAGCGUUCAUGUGCACAGCUGUAGCCUAACAUGUAGAUUUUGUAUGGAGUACACCUGAAAUGUAUACUUUUCACUCUUUGUGUAUUGUUGCAUCCAUGCAUAAUUCACUGUACUGUAUAUCAUCAUCCCAGAGGUCCUGCUUGUGGUCAGAACCAGCCCAAUCUCUGUCAAAUAAACUCAAUGUUGCAGGUCACACACUGAUAGACCACCUGCAACAGAGACAUACACCAAAAACAGGGACAGAAAAAAAAGGAAACUAUUUUGUAUGAACUUUGUUAGGUCAUUUUUGUCAAGAGGGCCUUACUGAGACUGUCUGUUCUGAACUUGGUAAGGCUGACAGGAAAUAGACUUUCAUAAAGACUGGUAUCACAGCAAUCAGAGAAGACAGAGCCUGUGUCUCUGACUGUGUCCCCCAGGACUUGGCUGCCCUGGGAGUGUCAUGUAAUGUCACUCAGUCUAGACACAGGCUGAUGUUGUCCUCCCCAGGGGGGACUGAGCUACACCAGGAACCAGGAAGUUUCCUUCAGGGCCACUGUACCCUAGAUACCCACCAUGGGGCUUUGGCCCUACUGUCAGGGCCUGUGUGUGUUUAAAUGUGAUUUAUGCAUUCUUGAAAAAUAGUAAUAAUACCAGUAAUAACAARGGUUGAUUGUUAGCAGCAUAAUGUGGAUAUUUAAGUUAUAACACUGUUUGAACUUUAAUAAGAUAUUGUAUUUGUAGCAGAUUUGUUUUCCCCUCAAUAAAAACACUGACCCAUCCCAC